CGGGGAGGCGGCUUCCCUUUCUGCCUCCUCCGUCCGCUGUGAGUGGGGUGCGGAGAGGCUGCCGGGGAGCCUUUGCGGAAACACCGAUCCCGACAAGGGACUCCCGAGUUGCCUGCAGAAACUAGAGUCAUCACAACAGCCUUCCUAACAACAAAAAGUACACUUAGGAGAAGAUUCUGGAUAGCUUUUGUAAUCAAUCCUGCAGCUCCAGGAAUCGUCCUAUGAAUUGAAAGGUGUUUGGAGAUCCACAUGAUUCCUCACAACUAUCUGGAAUUUCCUUACCGGACAGAGAAAGAAUGCAGAAAGAAGUGUUAGGAAGUGAGGGAACUGGAAAAGGCCCCUUAGCUGUUCACCCUGGCAGCUGUGGGUUGAUCUGGGCAAGAACUGGGCAGAAGAUCCUGGAGAAGGAAACCAUCAUCCGUUCAGAGAUUCAGACAUGCAGCUUCAGAAACAUCCAAUACCAGGAGGCGGAAGGUCCCCGAGGACUUUGCAGCCAACUCCACAACUUUUAUAAUCAAUGUCUGGGAGUACAAAACCACACUAAAACUCAAAUGUUGGAUCUGGUGGUUCUAGAGCAGCUCCUGGCCCUUCUGCCCCUGCCGAUGAAGAGCUGGGUGCGGGAGUGUGGAGCAGAGACCAGCUCCCAAGUGGUGGCCCUGGCGGAAGGCUUCCUCCUGAGUCAGAGAGAGGAGCAGAAGGAGGAAGUCGAAUUGCAGUCUUUCACUCUGCAGACCAGAGAACCUAUGAGAAAGAGGAAUCCAUCAAAUCCCCAUCAGGAGUUGUUUUCCAAGAGGGUCUAUCAUGAAUUCGCAAGUGAUGACAUCUCAGAUGGGAAGAACAAAACGAAUUUGACUCCUUUUUAUGGUGGUGCUGAAAUUCUGGUUGAAGCUCCAAAAGAAGCUCUCAUGUCCUUUAAGGAGGUGGCUGUGUAUUUCUCCGAAGAGGAGUGGUCUCAGCUGGAUGCUGACCAAAAAGCACUGUAUCGGGAAGUCAUGUUGGAAAAUCACAGGAACGUGGCCUCUUUGGGUAAUAAUGGGGAGGAAGAUGAAGAUUCCAGAGAACUAUUCGAAAUGAUCAGUCGUUCAUACAGUAUGAAGAACCCUACAAUUCUAAUAGAAAUAGAAAGCCAUGAGAGAAACCAGUCAAAUAAUUGCAAUCAGGAAAGUUCAUCUUCUGCAUCAACGAAAGCCUUCGUGACCGAACAAGGACAACUAAAAACGAAAUAUAUUGGGAAAUGUACAAAACUAUUCAUAAACAAAUUAGAUGUAAAUCAAUACUAUCAAACCGAAACCAAUGGAGAAGAUUAUAUAUGUAGAGACAAUGGAAAAAAUUACAAAUGGACGCAGUCUCUUCCUCAUAAAAAUGGGUCCUGUACAUCUCAAAAAAGAACCCACAUGGGAGAAAAGCCGCAUAAGUGCAUGCAGUGUGGAAAGAGCUUUAGUAGGAACAGUUAUCUUAAAUGUCACAAGAGGAUCCACACAGGAGAGAAACCCUAUAAAUGCAUGGAAUGUGGAAAGAGUUUCACUUAUAGAACUUCUCUUACUAAGCAUUCCCGGAUCCAUACAACAGAGAAGCCAUAUAAAUGCAUGGAGUGUGGAAAGAGCUUUAGUAGGAAGUGUUAUCUUAAAUGUCACAAGAGGAUCCACACCGGAGAGAAACCCUAUAAAUGCAUGGAAUGUGGAAAGAGUUUCAAUUAUAGAACUUCUCUCACUACGCAUUCCCGGAUCCAUACAACAGAGAAGCCAUAUAAAUGCAUGGAGUGUGGAAAGAGCUUUAUUAAGAACUGUUAUCUUAUUUAUCAUAGUAGGAUCCAUACAGGGGAGAAGCCGUAUAAAUGUAUGGAGUGUGGAAAAUGCUUUAUUGACUCUUGUCGCCUUAUUGGCCAUAAAAAGAGCCACACAGGGGAGAAAUAUAUAUGUGUUGAAUGUGGAAAGAGCUUUUCUACAAAGACGAAUCUUAAGACCCAUGAAAGGAUCCACACAGGGGAGAAGCCUUAUAAAUGCAUGGAAUGCGGAAAGAGUUUUUCUAGGAAGACGAAUCUUAAGACCCAUGAAAGAAUCCACACAGGGGAGAAGCCUUAUAAAUGCAUGGAAUGUGGAAAGAGUUUUUCCACGAAGAGGUCUCUUAAAACCCAUGAAACGAUCCACACAGGGGAGAAUCCUUAUACAUGCAUGGAAUGUGGAAAGAGUUUUUCUACAAAGAUGUAUCUUAACACCCAUGAAAAGAUCCAUACAGGGGAGAAUCCUUAUACAUGCAUGGAAUGUGGAAAGAGUUUUUCUACGAAGACGAAUCUUAAGACUCAUGAAAGGAUCCAUACAGGAGAGAAGCCCUAUAAAUGCAUGGAAUGUGGAAAGAGUUUUUCUACAAAGAGAUAUCUUAAGAUCCAUGAAAGGAUCCAUACAGGAGAGAAGCCGUAUAAAUGCAUGGAAUGUGGAAAGAGCUUUUCUCAGGGCAGUGACCUUAUUUUCCAUAAAAAGAUCCACACAGGGGAGAGGCCACAUACAUGCAUGGAGUGUGGAAAGAGCUUUAUUAAGAACUGUGAGCUUGUUUACCAUAGUAGGAUCCAUACAGGGGAGAAGCCGUAUAAAUGCAUGGAAUGUGGAAAGAGUUUUUCCACGAAGAGGUCUCUUAAAACCCAUGAAACGAUCCACAUAGGGGAGAAUCCUUAUAUAUGCAUGGAAUGUGGAAAGAGUUUUUCUAGGAAGACGAAUCUUAAGACCCAUGAAAGAAUCCACACAGGGGAGAAGCCUUAUAAAUGCAUGGAAUGUGGAAAGAGUUUUUCCACGAAGAGGUCUCUUAAAACCCAUGAAACAAUCCACACAGGGGAGAAUCCUUAUACAUGCAUGGAAUGUGGAAAGAGUUUUUCUACAAAGAUGUAUCUUAACACCCAUGAAAAGAUCCACACAGGGGAGAAUCCUUAUACAUGCAUGGAAUGUGGAAAGAGUUUUUCUGCGAAGACGAAUCUUAAGACCCAUGAAAGGAUCCAUAUAGGAGAGAAGCCCUAUAAAUGCAUGGAAUGUGGAAAGAGUUUUUCUACAAAGAGAUAUCUUAAGACCCAUGAAAGGAUCCACACAGGAGAGAAGCCCUAUAAAUGCAUGGAAUGUGGAAAGAGCUUCUCUCAGGGCAGCGGCCUUAUUUUCCAUAAAAAGAUCCACACAGGGGAGAGGCCACAUACAUGCAUGGAGUGUGGAAAGAGCUUUAUUAAGAACUGUGAGCUUGUUUACCAUAGUAGGAUCCAUACAGGGGAGAAGCCGUAUAAAUGCAUGGAGUGUGGAAAAUCCUUUACUGGCUGUAGUAAUCUUAUUACUCAUAAAAAGACCCACACAGGGGAGAAGUAUAAAUGUAUGCAAUGUGGAAAGAGGUUUUCUACAAAGACGUAUCUUAAUCACCAUAAAAGGAUCCACACGGGACAGGCGUUAUAAAUGUAUGGUGUGUGGAAAAGGUUUUAUUAUGAGCAGUAAUCUUAACUCACAUAAACGGAUCCAAACAGUAUAGAAGCAUGUGGUGGUUUAAUUAUGAAUAGUGGAUUUUGUAAUUACUGUCAUUUGAAGGUCAGCAAUGCCAUUUCAGAUAAAUUUUCUUUCUUCA